AUGGGGGUUAUUUCAUCAAAACAAUUCAUUUUACUGACUUUCGCUACUUCAAGCUUGUUAACAUCCAACAUCUUCUGUGCAGAUGAAUUAAUGAUGUCCAAUCUUCACCGCAAAGGAAAACAUGACAAAUGUUCUGAGGUGAGAGACCUGACAAGGGGAGAGAAAAGAAGUCUCAAUUUUGAAGAAUUAAAGGACUAGGGUCCAAAACAUUUCAUGAAGAUGAGCCCACCCGCAGUCCACAAAAUGCCACAUUCGGCAGCCAACUUGCCCUGGAGACUUGGGAGGCCCACGGAAGGAAGCACAGGAGCAGGGGCCAACCCGUCUCUGAGAUUUGGGGAAAAUAUAGAGGAAGGCAUCUCGAGACCUGUCCCUAACCUGCCCAAAGGUCUAUGGACCCUAUUCACGCCGAUACUAACAGACACAGCACAGUGGGACAGAAAAGCUGGGGACCGAGCCACGCAGCAGUGUCACUUCUUUCGGACUCUUGAAAGCAAAGCGCUUUCAGACUCAGGGCUAGUCAUCAAAGAGAUGUAUGACUGCCUGUUGGUGGAACUGGCAAGUUUGAAAGAAACUGGUAACAAUUACAGCUGCCCUGGCCUAGAUCUAGCAUGA